GAUGGAUGGUCAGGUAUGGUAGGAUGUGCUGGAGCCUGGGAGAGGACUGUGGGCACGCGGCUGCCGGUAGAGAUGGAACGCGCCCGGGACGUUCCACAGACCGAACCCUGGCCCAGGAGGCUCGGAUUCCGCCCCCGUCCUCUCCCAGAGGCUCCGGCUUCGGCAGCCGGGCAGACUCUGCACCCUUCCCCUUUCCGAGGGCGCGGGCGUGACUGGACCGGGACCACGGAAGGAAGGAGAGGGAGGAGAGAGGGAGAGCGAGCAUGCGCAGAGACCGGGGAGGAGCUGCAGGAGAAGGGAAGAAGGAAGGGAGAAGGGGAGUGCAGAGGGUACUGGAGGCGGGAUCGGCUCCAGAGCGCAAGACGUAUAACCAUGACUAUUGACUGGAUUGGUUUUGGAUAUGCUAGCAUAAUAGCAUCUGGAGGCUUUUUGGGAUAUCAUCGCAAAGGAAGCAUUGUGUCUUUGGUUGCUGGUCUUUUCUUUGGCUUGUUGGCAGGUUAUGGAGCUUACCGUAUCUCCCGUGACCCCCGAGAUGUCAAAAUGUCACUAUUCACUACCUUCCUUCUGGCCACUAUCAUGGGCGUAAGGUUCAAGAGAUCGAAGAAACUAAUGCCAGCAGGGAUUGUGGCUGGCCUAAGCCUCUUGAUGAUUUUGAGACUCAUCUUGAUGCUCAUAUGAGAAUCCCCAGCUACCAAGAACUUAAUUCCCAUCCUUCUACCACAGCAAACUAAGUAUGUUCUUUGUACUUGAAAGAUAAGUUUCAACAAGAAAUAUCAAGCAUCUGUAAGGAAAAAGAUAACAACAAACAAACUGACACUUCUCAUAUUAGCAUUAGUUUACAAGAUUUUUUUUGAACCAAAAAAGUUUUCAGCUGUUUUCUAGUUGAUAAUCAUUGUUCCUAAAGGGUACUUAAUGAACCAUGUCUCAUUGAUCUCAUUUCCCCUCCUUUUAUUUAUCACUGUAGAAGGUGCAAAGUCAUUGUACACCUUUAUAAAUUUUAAAAGUCUUUUAUAUUUGUUUACUGAAAAUUCCAAACACUGAGUCACCAAACAAAAGUUUACAUGACAGUAAAACUUGUCAGUUAAUAUGAUGCCUUAUGUGUGGUUUGACUAAAAAACUAACUCACUGUCCUAGUCUCUGUCUUAUAAGCUGCAUAGGAAAUACUUGUGUCCUGAAUUUUAAAUUUUAUUCCACCCUCUGCAUACACUGGAUAUAGGAGCAGAGUGUAACUAAUAUUCAAAUAAAAGUUCUUCUAUUUUAAA